AUGACGGACGACAUACCAGUUUUACAGUCAGGCUAUUUUCAGGCCUCACGAAAUCCUAAAUCUGAUAAGCUUAAUGACUUGGCCAAGCUAUCAAAGACAGGCGCAGUGUUCACGUUCGGCAAGUCUCACUUCGCGGACAACGAGCCGAGCCACUUCUUCAUCAAGAAUGACCCUAUUGUCGCCAUCUCCUGUGGAGACGAGCACAGUGCUGUUAUAUGCCAAAAUGGCCGCGUGUUCGUUUUUGGCGGGAACGCGUGGGGUCAACUAGGCCUGGGUCACAAGGAUGAAGUGACAAGACCGAGUUGUGUCAAAUGGUUGAAGCCCCACAGAGCUCUGUUUGUGGCCUGCGGGAGAGCACAUACAGUUUUUGUCACCGACUCGAACGCGAUCUACACAGUUGGCUGCAACGAUGAAGGUCAGCUGGGCACAGGAGACUUGGAGCACCACACAGUACCACAAUUCGUGGAGCUGGAGGGCGAGACCGGGCCUAUCAAACAGGUGUCAGCUGGGAGCAACCACACCGCCAUACUUACUGGUACAUAUGUUGUAUUAUGUGUGUGGGAUGUAAGGGGGCGAACUUCCAUCUUUCGCCCCAAGCCAACCUCACCUGCACGCGGUGCAUCCUGCUGGUCAACGAACGAGGCUCUGGCGACCGACCGACGGCGGUAUAUCCGUCCCUUACAAACAGGCGAAAUUAAGUACCGCAGGCCGGUGACGGGCAGCAGCGUUACCGAUGACGGGCGUGUGUUCGUAUGUGGCUCCAACACUGAGGGACAACUAGGCCUGGGAGAGGACACGCGGUCCUGCGUCAAGUUCACUGAACUCAAAUUCAUGGAGAAAAUCGCCUUCGUCGAGUGCGGAUACUAUCACACUGUGUUUAUCACUGCCAAAGGCGCAGUCUUCGUGACAGGUGACAAUGAGAACCAAAAACUUGGAAUCCCAGACAAACCCUCCACAGUUUACGUUCCCGAAGUAUUACCUCUCACCAUACCGAUUAAGAGUGCAUGUUGUGGUGCAGCCCAUACCUUCCUCCUCUCCAUGGACGAAAGCAAGAUCCUAGCCUUCGGGUCCAAUGAAAAGGGUCAACUAGGCCUUCCCAAAGAGGUGGAACACGUCAAAGAACCCACUGAAAUUGAUAUGGAGAAGAUGUUUGAUGGUUACCAACUGAAGCUAGUCGCGUGUGGAGCGAUGCACACUGCGUUUGUCACAGACAACGGAUUGCUUUACGCCUGUGGGGAGUCCCGGCACAAUAAACUGUGUUUGGAAGAAAUUGACGAUGCCGGUAACGCAAACGAGGCGGUCCCCAAUCAAUACACACCUAAGCGGGUCACUGCUAUGAAUGGGCACAUCGUCGACAAUGUAGCCUGCGGAGGGUGCCACACUUUACUGACUGCCACCAAAGGCUCUAACGCGGACUUCACCAACAACGACUUCAAUUUAGUAAACGAACAAACAAGACCGAUCUCUUUAACUGAACUUCCACCGCUACAGAAGGUACCAGCCAUGAAUAAAUCCGAAGAACACUCCCAUGUUAUCGAGGACAUCACGAACUCCAACAUUGACGUGCAUAACACCGAUAACGUGAAUGGAAAUGUGAACGAAGAGACCGGAUCGAUAGAUUCAUUAGAGGCCAACGUCAGCGGCUCCCACAUAGUAAACAUAAACGACCUUGAGAACGAAAACGGAAGCACGCAUGACGCGCCCGACGUAAACACUGAACCGAUUGAUGGAGAAACAAAAGUCAUGGAGGUCAUGGAGAGUAUGGACACUAUGGCUGACAAGGCAGAAAGUAAGGUUGAAGAAAUUGUUACAAGUGUUACAGACAAAGUGAACGAAAAGGUGGAAGUAGUUGAGGAGUUUGUGAAAAAAGCUGCAGUGGUGCCUCCGGUGAUACACGAUGAAGCGAAGAAAAUACUUGACGUUCCUGACAAAAUGAUAGAGGUAGCCAACUCACCUCCACCUAAGACGCCAAUAUUACCGGAACUGUUACACAUUCCUGAUUUGAGUCAGAUAAGCCCAGUGCUCAGUAAACACAGUGAUGACGGGCAAAAAAGUGAGGCAGGACAGUCAGAGAACGAAACCAUUCCGUGUGGAUCAGACAAAUCUAGUCCACAAGCAGGCAAAACUAAGACACAGGCUGUGAUGCCUAUUGUUAGGAGUGAAGAUCAUAUUGAUGGCGCUGAAGUUGGAGAGCAUAAUGAAGAAAGUGAUGUUGUAGUACCGAAAUCUCCGGAGAAAGGACGCUUUGCACGCAUGUUCCAGACUAUCAGAGAUAAAGAACAUUCAUGUAUGGGCAAAGGAAAAGUAAUUGAAGAAAAAGUUGUAGGAAACUACCCAAUUGAUGAUAACAUUAACAUGAUUCCAGAAAACGUCCACAAGGGAAUCGACACAGCCGAGGAUAGCAUCCACAAGGUCGAGGAAACAAUUGAAACAGAGAUUAGGAACCAGACCAACUCCAGAACGUGCACGAUAUUAUAA